AUGGCUAGGGUUAGUAGGACGGGAAGACUCAAUGUGGUGGUCACGCGUGAGGGCUCGCUCUCUCCGCGCUCUAGAUCCGGGUCAGCUUCGCCAAGUCGCGGCAGUCAUCAUCACAUCGACCAGCAAUUGCCACAGCAGAGGAGGGCAGAGUCUCUGCAAAAAGAGGUCAAAGUCCUUCGCAGCUACCUGAGUAUUGGGGGCGAUGAGGCGAGGGCGUCGAGGGAGACCGCCUUCUCCUUUUUCAAGACGAAAGAAAAAUGCACGGAGUUGCAGGAGAAAGUGAAAACGGCCAAGCACCUCCUGGAUGCUUCGAGGGUGGAGUCAGCAAGGCUGUCACGGCUGGUCGAGGUCAAAUCCCGCAAGCUGCACGCGUCGCGGAAAGAGGCUGCUCGCCUACCCGUGCUUGCUGCAGAGGUGAGCCGACUGCGUGAGGUCACGGGCAACGCCGAGAGCGCCCUCGGGAAGGAGGGCAAGAGGGCCGAGGAGGAGAAACGACGGUCGGAAGCGUGGAGAGCUCGAGUCGACAAGCUAUCACUGCAGGCCGUACAAAGCGCGGAACGCUGCCGGACCCUUUCCGCCGAGAACCACCAACUGAAGGAAGAGAUCGAGCGCGUGAGGGAGCACCUGGAGGAGGCCAAGAGGCGGUGUUCGGCGGCCGGCGCAACAUCAAACGCUCUCCGGCUGAAGACCAUCGAGACCGAGCUGCUCUCGGAGGAGUUGGGCGCGGUGAGGGCCGACUGUGGCCGGCUGGUGCAACUCGUCAGUUCGACGAAGGAGUACGCGGAGUUCCGUCGGGUGUGGGACGACAGCGGGGGUCUCACCCGUCCCUACAACGGGGGCGCCAAGACCCCCUUCUUUGCCGCCAAGAACGGGGUUAGCAUCAGCCACAGGGUCAUUACAAAGGCCACCGCCUCACAAGAAGAAGAAACGACGGAGUCAACGGUCUCUUUCAGCGAAGCGGCCCCCUUUAGCGGAGGCAUGCCGCAGACGACGACCAUGACGGAGGGGCCCGCAGCGGCCGAAAGAGGCACGCCGAUCACCCGUUCUUCGGAUCCCUGGGAGCAGUCACGCUACCUCUCUUCAACCUUGACCCUGGUCGCGCCAACGGCGGGUGGCGGCGCCGCGUCGUCGGCAGAAGAGCGGACUCUAGGAGGGCGAGGGUCGAGACCAGAAGGGGCUCCAGGGUGGCCGACUGAAUCACCACAACCAAUACUGAAAAAAGUAUCGUUUCCCGGGCAGACAGUGGCGCCGCCGGUGGCGGCUGGUGGCGGGAGAGAGGUGCACCACGGAGUGGGGAGAGAGCUUGGAGGAUCUUCGAUGUCGAGGACAGGGCUCAGGACGACGACGCCGGCGGCACAUCGCCUUCGGGUGCGAACCCUGACCCCAACACAGAGACGUCCAUGUGGGUUCCUCGAGACGCGGCGGGACUGUGCAGGCGAUUCGUUCGCGAUUUCGACGGCUACAGCGAAGACCGCGGCCGGCGGCCAUGGCCGGGCGCCGACACAGUGGGGUGCGGAUGGCAGGAGGAUACGCAAACGGGGCGAAGAAAUCGGGCGGAGGAGCGGCACCGCUUGCGCGACUGCGUGCAGCCGAAACUGCAUGAGCUUUACCACCAUCAGCAGCGGCAGACCGCAGCCGGACAAGGCGGUGGGGACGAGGCUGAAAAGGACGAAGGGCCGCGGCUGCAGAAGAAGGGCGGUGGUUGGCAAGUGUCAGCGGAGAAGCAAAGUUGGUGGUGGUGACGGCAUGGCAUCGAGCGCCACGUUGAGCGCAUCGAACGCAUCCGCUGGUGCCGGAGGGAUUGAUGAAGUCCUUCGUGCUGCUGCUCCCGUGGGGUCGGUAGGGAGAGAGCGGUAUGCGCCGGACGGCGCUGCCGCUACCGCCGCUGCCGCUGCCGCCGUCACAGUUGCCGAGGCUGAUGCGGUUGCCAAGAAUAGGAGCGACGGGACCGAGUGUGCGUGGAGAACGUCUUCCGCAGACAAAGGUGCUAGCAGCCAUCCAGCCCGGUACAGGGAUUUCUUUGACCAGUACGAGGACGCGCUGCUUGCGGAAGACCGUCCGCACAGAGACAUCGAAGAGACGGUGAUGACUGACCAGCACGCACGCACGACGUCGGCAGAAGGAGAAGAAGAGCGUCACAGGGGCGAGACUACGGCUUGCAGCGGGGCGACAUCCUCCGUGUCGCCGCGCGAGGCGGGUGCAGGAAGUGAAAGACGAAGAGGAGGAGACGAGCGACAAAAACAAGGAACGGGAGGGCCUGGAGCAGAGGGCGGAGGGGCGAGACAUAUUGAGCAGCAGCAGCGGACUUCGUCUGGCUUCAGUCGACGAGAGGCGCCGCCACCGGCGACGCUAGCGUCGUUUCACACUCGAACCCGACUGGGCCACGACUCUCUUCUUCCUCCUGCCCCCCCAACAUCGACCCGUACCGUGGGCAGAGGCAUGGCCCAGCUUUCGUAG